CCCUCUGACCGUAACGCACCAGCCCUCUGAAGGCGCACGAAGAGGUCGCAAACAAGCGGAAUUAAUCCACAGAAACACACCGAGAAAAAAAAUCAGGAGAGAAAGAAAGGAACGAAGCGAAGGAAUAUUUAGAUCCGGAACAAGUGGAAGGAAUACUCGAUCCUCAUAUAUAUUUUUCACUUUUUCCCCGAAGAUCACUGGCAGAAAAAGCAUCAUGAGGAUCUUCGGUGUUGUGCUCCUGCUGGUUCACGCCUUGGUGGUGUCCAGAAUGGCCAGCGGUGCUGCAGUUGACAGGUAUGAGAGCGACAGGCAGCGGCACAGAGCUGUUUUCAAGCUUUUGGACACAACCAAAGACAAGAGGGCAGAGGAGGAGAGUGGAAGCGUGGGUGCGACAACAGUGGCGUAUGGGCAAGAGGAGGAGGAGGAGGAGUACGAUGAUGAGUAUUAUCAAGACGAAUAUGAAGAUGGCAUGUCUGGAGACUAUGACAUGGAUCUGCCGCAAGUUGCCAUGUCAAGCAAACCGAAAGACCCGUCUGCCAUCCUGGAGGCGGAAAGCACUGAGGGAAAGAGAAGGAGAGGAAAGGGGAGGAAGAAGGGGAAAGGCAAGGGAAAGAAGAGGAAUCCAUGCCUGAGGAAGUACAAGGAUUUCUGCAUUCACGGCACCUGCCUGUACGUGAGGGACGCCCGCUCCCCAUCCUGUGUGUGCCACCCGAGUUACUCUGGUGAAAGGUGUCAGUUUUUCACGCUGCCCCUGGAGAAGCCCCAGGAGGGCUACAACCGGACCACAGCACUGGCCGUGGUGGCGGUGGUGCUGUCAUCCGUCUGCCUCGUCAUCAUAGGCCUCCUGCUGUUGCUCAGGUUUCACAAGCGGGGAGCGUAUGAUGUAGAGAAUGAAGAGAAGGUCAAACUAGGGUUAGCGUCCAACCACUGAAGAGACAAAGAGAGGCAAAGAUGCGGAAAUUCUACCUCAAAAUAGAAAAAGAGAAGUGAACCGCCAAAGGAGGUCCUGGAGGGAAAAAGGAUCCUACAUGAAGAAGGGAACAGAGGUUGUUGUCUGCCUGAUCCUCUGCCUGACGUUCAGAUGAAAAAAUGAACGGGCAGCUGAACAUAUUCCUGAAGGCCUCGGAAGAAGACGGCCCGCCUGAAACUGGAAUACUAACGCCCCGAGGAUGGACUGGUGACGUGAGGAGCGCGAAGGGACGAGAAGGAGAGGGGACAUGUCUAGACUCUGUGCUGCUUCUGGACUGUGUGAAAAGAGGUUCCAGACUGAACUGAACGACAUAAGAUUUUUAACACCGACAGCUCAACCUGGAUUUUUUUUUUCUCAACAGACAGCAUUUUGUAUUUUCCUGCACAAGUCCAUCUCCUUUUUUUGUGUACAGUAAACGGAAUAUUUAUAAUUUUAAUUUAUUUAUUUAAGCUAACUGUAUUUAUAGAGAUUUUAACCACCUUCAACAGUUUAUAAAGUAAUGAUGUUACAGUUGUUUUUAUAUUCCUUAUUGGACGAUAUAUUUAUUUAUGAAACAGAAAAACAAAUAAUGCAGAAGCUCCUUGAGAUAGCAAAUAUUUCAUGAAAUGAGAUAUGAAGCAUAAAUAUCUGAUUUCUGGCUUUAGAUUUUGGUGCUCAGUAGAUGAUCAAUAGCACUGUGAUUAAUUAAUUGAUCACUGAAUAGACAAGAUUGCUUUUUAAUUCUUCAGGGGAGCUUCAUGUAGAGGUUUUUCAGGAGCGCCCUGCGCACACUCACACAGACGCACACAUUCACACCUGGAAGCUGCCCAACACGACCAGUCAGAUGAAGCAGCUCCACUGUAGAAGUUUGUGGCUUCAUGGCCUUGCUCAAAGGCGCAUCAACUGUGGUAAUGAGGCAGGGGCAAGCACCUCUCUUGGACUCCCCGCACCCAAGUUUAGCCUGCAGGUUUGGGGAUCUUUAGGUUUAGUGUUCUGCCUCAGCAUUACAAUGACACAUCAGCGUCUGUCAUCAUGAUACAUUUCACUGUCUAGCCAUUGAUUGAAGGCAACAUAAAAACUGUGCACUCAGCGUCUGUAUUGUUACGAAACCUUUAAAAGGGAGUCAAAUAUGUAAUGCACUGUAGCAAGAAUUGGGUAUGAAAUUGUUGUCCUGUCGUGUUGUCUUACCACCAUUAUCGGAGAAACUCCCUCAGAUCCAUGUUCAGCUGUCAAGCAAAAAAAAAAUGUGAAUUAAAAGUGUUCCACCCUUUCAAAUCCUGUCCUGCAGUUUUGAAGUGAUUGUUUUUUCUGUGAUUUUUUUCAGAGCAAAAUAAUAAUAAAAGAUUAUC